CUUCCAACGGCCACGAUGAAACCAUAAAGCCAUUGAUAGGAAAUCCGAUCUCCUCAUUUGCAGCCACCACCAAAGCAAAGAGAAAAUAGGGGUACAGUAAGAAUCAGAAGAAGAGAAAGGGAAAGGAAGAUGAAGAGGUGGUUUGAUCCAUGGCCGGUUUUCUUCAAGAGAGAGUUCAACCGGACCUGGCCCUUCCUUGUUGGUUUCGCUGUAACUGGAACCAUCAUCACCAAGUUCUCCCUGGGUCUCACUGAGGAAGAUGGCAAGAACUCGCCUUUCGCUCAGAAGCACAAGAGAGAAUAUAGCUUCAACACCGAAGAAGCAAGGAGUUCAUGUUCGACUUUUAAUCAUCUUAGUAAAUUACAUUCGACAUCUAUGUUAUUGACGUCAGGACUAUAGUAGCCUUUCAACUAUUCAUAUGAAAAAGGGUCUUUUAAGAAACCCAUCUUUGAAUAGAAUGGUGUUUCUCAAGGAUUAUAGUAGCAUUGACGCCAGGGGCAAAUAUACAUAAUCUGUUUUACGUAUAUUCCUUGGAAUGAUAGAUGUUUGCAAAUAAUGUCUUAGCAGGUCAUGAGUGUUUUUAUGCUCCGUAGGGGUAUUAUUUUUUCAACACAGUUAACUUUUAGCCACUCACAUGAUUUAUUUUGAGUGAAGGGGAGGGAAAUUAUUUUUAAAGAGUUUUACUCUUCCUUCUAAUUUCAUGUUCAAAUUUAUAAGUAAUCCUUAUGUUAUGACAAA